AUGUCGUCACAACUUUUCGAGGAGAAGAGGGCUCAGUCUCCUACUAUUCGUGAGGAGUCUGGCUAUGCUUCUGCUGCCUCGAGCCAGGACAGUCUGCCUGAGAUCGUCUUCAGCAAGCCUCAUCUCAAAUACAUCAACGCCCAGCUGCAACAACUUGAACCGCAGGAUAUUCUCCGAUGGUGCAUCACUUCCCUGCCUGGUCUCUACCAGACCACAGCCUUUGGUCUGACUGGUCUUGUUACCGUGGACAUGCUGUCAAAGCUUGAUGGUCCCCUGAAGCACAACAUCGACUUGAUUUUCUUGGACACUCUCUACCACUUCAACGACACAUACGCUCUUGUCGACCGUGUACGAAGGCGCUAUGGAACACCCGUACACGCCUACAAGCCCGCUGGCUGCGACAACGUUGCCGAAUUCACCGCAAAGCAUGGCGACAAGCUCUGGGAAUCGAACGACGAACUUUACGACUAUCUAGCCAAGGUCGAGCCCGCUGAGCGUGCCUACUCGGAACUCCAAGUCAAGGCCGUUCUGACCGGCCGCCGACGCAGCCAAGGUGGCAAGCGCGGUGACCUCGAUAUCAUUGAGGUCAACGAAUCUGGGCUCAUCAAGGUCAACCCCCUUGCCAACUGGUCAUUCGCUCAGGUCAAGGAGUACGUCGACGCCCAUGACGUUCCGUACAAUGAGCUCCUCAACAAGGGGUACAAGAGCGUUGGCGACUGGCACUCGACUCAGCCAGUGGCUGCGGGAGAGGACGAGCGCUCGGGACGCUGGAAGGGAAAGAACAAGACCGAGUGCGGUAUUCACAACCCGAAGUCUCGCUAUGCUCAGUUCCUUCGCGAGCAAGAGCAGAAGCGACAACAGGAGGACUUGACCAACGCGUUGCAAAAAGUCUCUUUGGGCGUGUAG